AACCUGUACUGAACAGAGCAGGCUUUGUGGUAACUAGACAAGGUAAAGUGACAUUAAUGAAGAUCAGUGGGAGGAUGCACGGUCAGGUCCAGCUACAAUGAUACAUACAAUGAAAUGACAAUAAGAUUAGAACGUGUGAGUUCCUCUUCCACAAAAGCAGAACCAGAACCAACAUAUCUGUGAAAAGAGGGUGUCACAUCUACAGUAGCAGCUUUACUCACAUCAACAUGUCUCAGGCUUCAUUACAGCUCUGCUCAAACUCACUCACAGCUUUUGCUUAUUUUUGUAUUGGAUCAAUCUGAGUCGUGGCUGCAGUCGGUGAGAAGACAACACUUUCUACUUUUUUUUUUACUUUAACAUUCUAUCAAGCUUGUCCCACUUAAUUUUAUAUAAAAAAGAACUUUUCUGAGUUUGCUGCCGUGUUUAAAAAUUUAUGAAUCUGUUAAUAACGAUUGAAACCAGACUGAAGUCAUGUUUCAUCGUUUCCAGGAAAUAAGUGUGUGAACAUGGAGACGGGCAGUGUGUUACUGAGCCUCCUUUGGGCUUCAGGAGCUUUGGCUCAGUGCCCCAACAAGGAUCCAGACCUCUUCAUCACUGCACCAAAGACGAUGGAAGCACUGACUGGAUCCUGCCUGAUGAUCCCAUGUAGCUUUAAAACUAAACCAGAAAAUCAAACCAUCAGCAGCGGAACCAUCUACGGCGUGUGGAUUAAAAAUGACUCUAGAUUUAGUUUAAAUCCAAACAACGUGAUCUACAACGGCAGUGGAACAGUAACAACCUACACAAUGAAUAUCACUGGAAACCUGGAGCAGAGAAACUGCACCACACUGUUCUUUGAUCUAAACACAAGAAACACAGACACGUACUACUUCAGGAUGGAGAACGGAGCGUUCAGAGCAACAGCUGCCUGUGAUCCUGUUCAAAUCAAUGUAAGAGAUGCUCCUGGAGGCCCCACACUUACCAUCUCAGGUGAUCUGAGGGAGGAUGUGUCUGUGACUAUAACCUGCUCAGCUUCCACUACCUGUCCACACUUCCCUCCUAAACUCACAUGGAACCUACAAACAGAACCUGACAACCACAGAGAGGAAAACACAGAUGGAACCUUCACUAUUAAGAUCCAGAAAACCAUCACUCUGUCAGACAAACAUGAUGGAUUCACCAUCAGCUGUUCUGCCUCAUAUCCUGUGACUGAAGGCAUCAGGACAGCACAGACUCUGGGGACUCUCGCUGUUUCAUAUGCCCCCAAGGACACCUCAGCCUCCAUCAGUCCAUCGGCUGUGGUGUCAGCAGGUAGCUGGGUGAACCUAAGCUGCUCCAGCAGAGCCAGACCUGCUGUCAGCAGCUUCACCUGGUUCCAGAUCAGCAGUGAUGGAGCCAAAACCAACGUAUCUGAAGGAGCCUUGUACACAUUUAAUGCCACAGGUGGAGGCGUUUACUACUGCGUGGCCUCCAACGGCCUCGGUGCCCAGGCAUCACCACAGCUUCAUCUGACUGUUGGAGGUCAUGAAGCUUCUCAGUUGGACGUUGUUCAUGUCACACUGAUAACUAUUCUGGGGCUCAUGGUUCUGGUCAGCAUCGGCAUCGUCUCUGAUUGCUGCCUUAGACCAAGAUCCUUCAAUAACCAGCUGGAGGACACGGCAGCAGGCGACUACGUCAACAUUGUGACGUCAGCAUGAGGAGAAGAGGAAGCCUCAUGUUUAUAGACGGACCAGCGCUCAGACCAGUGUUUUCAUUCCUUUAACAGGCUCCUGUAUGUUUCAGGUCAAAACUCAUCGUCCACUACUAUAUCAGCACGGAUAAUCCAAACACCUCAGUGUUUUCAGAGUUUCCCCUUAAAGCAUAAUUUGUGCAAAACAGAAUCAGCUUCAGAAGGUUUGCGACAUCAGGUUUUUAUGUAGGAGCGACUAAUGUUCUGUCAGUGGUGUUAGAGGAGUUCUCAUUCAUCCAGGACACGUCAUGGGUUCUUCAGGACGAGCAGCGGCUGAUUCUGCUUCACUCCAGCAAUAAAUGCUUCACUUUGCUCUCAGCAGCUUCUCACUUGCCCACAUUAUUGUCUCUUGUUGUGGCUCGUUUGGUCAGAAAUAAAUUC